UAGUAUAAAGUAUAAAAAUAUAAAUAUAAUCUCUAAAUCCCAAUUUCCUGUAAUUUUCAUCUGUUAUUGCUGUUGGCUCAAUCAACAUGAACAUCUUCUCCAAGAAACCCAAUGCCAAAGAGGCGCUUCGGGAGAGUAGAAGAGAACUGACCCAUGCUACGAGAGGUAUUGAGAAGGAAAUUUCUGCUUUGCAAUCAGAGGAGAAAAAACUUGUUGCUGAAAUAAAAAGGACCGCGAAAACUGGAAAUGAGACAGCUACAAAAGUUCUAGCACGUCAGUUAAUCAGGCUUAGACAGCAAAUAGCCAACUUGCAGGGUAGUCGGGCUCAAAUGAGAGGUAUUGCGACACAUACGCAGGCAAUAUCCGCCCAAUCUUCGGUUGCUGCAGGCAUGAAAGGAGCCACUACGGCUAUGACCGCUAUGAAUAAGCAAAUGGCCCCUGCAAAGCAAGCGAAGGUGAUGCAAGAUUUCCAGAGGCAAUCAGCUCAGUUGGAUAUGUCGACUGAAAUGAUGUCAGACGCCAUAGAUGAUGCUAUAGAUAAUGAUGAAGCGGAGGAGGAAACUGAAGAUUUGACAAAUCAGGUCCUUGAUGAAAUUGGAGUCGAUGUUGCCUCACAGAUGUCGGCGGCUCCCAAGGGCAAAAUUGCUGGAAAAAGGACCGAGGAAUCAAGCAGUUCGGGGAUCGAUGAACUGGAGAAGAGAUUGGCUGCACUUAGAAAUCCUUGAUCUCAAUAUCUUGGACUGGUCCUUAUGAAGUUUCACCACACAUUAAACAUGAUUCCUUUAAGUUGUAUGUACAUAAUAUUUCUCCAAAGUGUGAUGUGAUGCAUCACUCCUUGGUCUUAUUUGAGGUGGUGUGAUGCAUAAAUGGCUGUCCCAAAGCUACAAACAAUGGAUUAGUUGUUUGAUAAAAUCUUGGCAUGACUUCUUUCA